UACACUUGCAAUGUGAUUGGCGCACCCAGGCACGCGCGCACGCCGUUUGUAAAAUAAGUCCCGCCCCUCACAUCUCCCUGUAGUGUUGCCACAUUGAGAGCUUUUCACGGAUGUGGAUUUUUCUUGACUGGAGAAUCUGAAGAAGUUGAGGCAAGGAAGAGAGAGAGAAUCUGGCAACCUCGCGCACGAGCGCACCGGCUGGAGUUAAAGAAACUUUACGCACGGUCACGGUGGAGUACAUAAUUCCCACACACACACACACACACCCACACACACAUCAUGGAGAGACGCGCAGCGGAGGACUCUCACUUUUCACCCCCAGGCAGUUAGGUGGACACGCAGCGAGCCAGAUGUUGAGUGAGAAAUGCCAGAUGUUGAGCGGCUCGCGAUGCUUCUGAACGGGAGUCAGGUGAACGGCUCCACCGCUGGAGAGCACGCGCUCCACAGACCGCCAUGGGUCACCACAACGCUCGGCUGCUUCCUCAUCUUCACCGUCGUGGUGGAUAUUUUGGGCAACCUGUUGGUGAUUUUCUCCGUCUACCGGAACAAGAAACUUCGGAACGCCGGUAACAUCUUCGUGGUGAGUCUGGCUGUUGCUGACCUGGUGGUUGCUCUGUACCCGUACCCCUUGGUGUUGGCGGCCAUCUUCGGGCAUGGUUGGCGCGCGGGGGCAGCGCAGUGCCAGAUCAGCGGCUUCCUGAUGGGCGUCAGCGUAGUCGGCUCUAUUUUCAACAUCGCAGGCAUUGCUGUAAACCGCUACUGCUACAUCUGCCACAGCCUGCGCUAUGAGCGGCUGUUCAGCGGGCGCAACUCGGCGUGCUACGUGGCACUGAUCUGGGCGCUGAGCGUGCUGGCCGUGGUGCCCAACGUGUUCGUAGGCUCACUCCGCUAUGAUGAUCGUGUCUACUCGUGCACGUUUGCGCAGUCGGCCAGCGCCGCGUACACACUCGCCGUCGUCUCCUUCCACUUCCUGCUGCCCAUCCUGGUGGUGGCCUACUGCUAUCUGCGCAUAUGGGUGUUGGUAAUCCGGGCACGGCGGCGCGCGAGGCCUGAGACCCGGCCGGCUGGCGUGACGCCGCAGGACGUGCGCAACUUUGUGACUAUGUUCGCUGUCUUUGUGCUUUUCGCUGUAUGCUGGGCGCCGCUCAACGCCAUUGGCCUAGCUGUGGCUGUAGCGCCCGAGCGAGCUGUCCCUGAGUGGCUCUUCGUGGCCAGCUACUUCCUGGCAUACUUCAACAGCUGCCUCAACGCCAUCGUCUACGGCGCGCUCAACCAGAACUUCCGCCGCGAAUACAAGCGCAUCGUCUUGUCGCUCUGCACAGCGACUGUGUUCUUUCCAGAAAUCUCGAAUGAUGCUCAGGAGAGGCUCCGGAGCAAACCGUCGCCGCCCUUCACCAACAACAACCAGGUCAAAGUGGACUCAGUGUGACCUGUGUGUGUGUGUGUGUGUGUGUGUGUGUGUGAAAAUUCUCAUGGAAGGUGCUCUUACUAUGAACCAAGAACAAAAAAAAACAGCUUGAUCAAAGAAUACGUAAGCAGACUCAACAAAACUGUGGAUUCUCGUCUUUAUACAAUCAAAACGUGCAGGGGAAAAUGUGCUGUGAUUUUAUUAUCACACACUUUCACAUGUUUCAAGCUCAUUCUUUGUUGUGGCGAAGUGUGUAAAAUGCUGUUUUACGAACAGUUUUAAAUGUAAAUCAUUUGCUAUGUCAAUUUUCUAUCAAAACAAAAUGUAUGACGUAAAAAAUAUAAAUAUCACGUAUUUAUUAUGAGUCUCUCGACACCUCACGAUUGAUUUCAGGAUUCAGGGUGACACGAUUAUAAAUACGUCCUUUAUGCAUUGUAAUGUGUCUGAAUUUUGUAUUUUUUAAUAACCCGUGUUUUUUUUAGUGCUGCCUUUAAAAUAAAAUAUUAUCAAUUUUAUUCACUGUUAAAGGAAUCUUCAAGUAUGAUGUCAUUAUACCGUCGAGUUUUCAUUACAGAUGUUUGGUACUGUUGACGUUUAUGAAUUGAAAAAAAAAAAAAGAUGACUUCUUUGUAAGUCUGAUGUCUGAUGUUUGACAGAAUGAAGGGAUCGUGAUGCGUUGAAAAAAAAAAGAUGAUUUUUCCCGUCUACUAAAACUUAGUGAUAACAAAAAGUACAUAAAUACCAGCAAAACCUUUACAUCACCAAAUGGUUGAAAAGAGUUUACUAUGAUGUUUACUGUUUUUUUUUUUUUUUUUUUCGACCUCCUCCUGAUGAGCACUGUUAACUCUCUGCUCAUCGAGCAAGCAAUAUGUCCGGAGCGCUGCUUACCCACAAUUCUCUGCAAACGUCUUCUGAAAACAAUAUCUGUAAGAAAUAUGUUUUCUGAUCUCUCUUAUGUUUCUUCCUUUUCUCUGUCUACUUAGGUGUUUUUCCUUUUUUUAAUCAAUCUCUCUCUUUUUCUCUCUCUCUUUCUCUCAUAUGCAUGGAUCUUAAGAGUUCAUAUGCAAAAUGAAGGAUGAAUAAUAAAACAACAUGAUGUUCA